AUGGCUCCUUUCGACAGUCGGCUGAUCCGAUACUUGGCGGUACUCGGGCCGGAGGCGGCAUCUCUAGAGGAGGAGUUGGAAAGACUCGAGUCCUCAGACGACCUCCCGGACCAAGGAGGCGGUCCUGCCGCUCCAGUGCUGCGGCCGAUCACCCUCGAACGCUUCCCAGAAGAGGACGAUAGCGAAGUGCCACUGAGCCCACUGCUCGCCACACUUCCAGACUUCUGUUUCAAGGAGGGCUUACGCUUGGAGACCGCCAAGCCCAGGGGGUGGAGUCCGGCAUUUGCAUCCUUCGCCUUCACCACCGGCAAGGGCGGACGUCUCUUUGUCGCCUGCCUGAUCGUGCAUGAGCGGGUCCAGUCCAAAUCGUGCCUGUGCUACACGCCCAAGGCGUUCUGCUUGGUCUCGCUUUUCCCGUGUCUGGAGCUGUUUCGAAAUCUGCUUGCUGACUUGGUGCUUGCGGCGCGGUCAGACGACCACCCGCGAGGAGCAUCUCCGCUGCUGAGCCCGGGCAAGGGCGGCUCGCAAACCCGCUUGUCCAAACGUCUCGUCGCCCAAAUCUUCUUCGACCUUCCGGUUCCUGCGAACCAUAGCACCAUGGUCAGCCUCACAGCAGGCCUGCGGGAGGUGACCUUGCUGGAUCCGUCCGGAGCUACCCGCGACUUCUCCUUCAGGCCCUUGGUGGCUUGUCUGUCUGAGAAGAGGUUGGCUCAGCUCUUCGUCCUCGUACUUCUGGAGCGCAAGGUCGUGCUGACCUCAAAGGAGCUUAGCCACGCCUUGCUGGCAGCAGUGCUCGAAGUGCUUCGUGCAUUGAUCUUCCCCUUUGAAUGGGAGCAUACUUACAUUCCGAUCCUGCCGGCAAGCCUCCGAUGGACUUUAGAGAGCCCGGCGCCCUUUCUGAUGGGCGUUCCCGGCGGGCUCUCCCCCAUGGAGAUUCCAGACGAUGUGGUACUGUUCGACCUGGACACUGGGAGAACCAUCCCGGAGAAGCCCCAGAUGCCGCCCAUCCCCAAGUCUGUGGAGCACUGCAUGACUCGCCUGCGCACGGCGCACCAAUGGGAGCAAAGAGAUCCCAACAAGGACUAUUGGAAGAAGUUUCACACCGUUCGCUUUGCCAAUGCCAAAAGCUGGCGCCCUGGAAGUGACACCAAGGCGCCGGAUUCACCGUCGUCCUCUCGCGGACGGCACAGGAGGAGUCUGUCCUCAACCAGCUGCGAAAGUGGCGAAGAAAGUGAUGGGGCUUUAUCUUUGCACAGCUCGGGUCUGCUUAGCGGAUCCCUGGGCCCCGUUUGGAAUGAGGAUCAAGAGCGAAGCUUCAGACAGAAGGUGUCUUCGCUCUUCCUGGAGGCGAUGAUUCUGCUCCUGCAUCGCAGUGAGGCCGUUUCUGAGAGGCUGUCCCCCACCCAAGCACCCGAGGACAAAGCCACCCGCGUCCUGCUUGAGGACCUCUCCCGGACCAACGCCUGGGAGCGCUUCCUGGCGCUGCCGGCGAACCACCCGAGGCGUCAGCUCUUUGAUCAGGCGGUAGGACUGGGCCAGGCUGGCUACCUAUAA